CUCUCUUCUUUACUAUGGACUUCAAUAUAGGAAUCUAUUUGAUUGAAUAAUAUAUUAUUAAAAAAAGAAGAAGAAAAAAUUUUCUAUGUUAGUUUCACAAUACUCAAGAAAAGAAAAGUUUAAUUUCGGAAUUUUUCGCAUCUUUUUUGGAAGAGAAUAAAAUACGAAGAUGAGUGCCAAAAGGCGCAAUCUUCAAGGAUCUCAGACAAGUCUUACGAGACAAGAUGAAAUGGAACUUCAGGGCAGAUCAAGACCAGAAUCAGCUUCAUCUCGUAAAGCAUGGCUUGAUGAUCACGAUGGACCUGGACAAGAUGACGUGGACUUCAGUCCAAGACAAGCCACUGUUGAUUUACCCUCAGCAAUGGCAGCAGAACCAUACAGCAUGCAAACUAAAGUUACUCGUGAUGUUCGAGCAGAUGGAAAAGCCCCACCUGUGGAUUGUUUUACAAGAUUCCUAAAAACUUUAAGAAGCCUAUGGAAAACUAGGUUAACAGAAGAUACUGGAGAUGAUCGAGAGUUGUAUGUUAAAACAACGCUUCGCGAGCUUGCCAUUUACAUUGCUUUUAUUGUGAUCCUGUGCAUCAUGACUUUUGGUAUGACUAACAGUACCAUGUAUUAUUUCACCAAAGUGAUGAAAGAUUUGUUUGUUGAGACUACAGGAUUCAAUGGAUUUACAACAAUGAAAGACUUUUGGACUUACGCAGAAGGUGGACUUGUUAAUGGAUUGUAUUGGGAAAAGUACUACAACGACGAACCUGUGAAAAGCAAUGAACGUGGAUAUAUUUACUUUGAAAAUAAGAUUUUGGGAAGACCAAGAUUACGACAAGUUCGAGUCCGAAAUGAUUCUUGCGUUGUUCACAGUGACUUCAAAAAGGAGAUUAAAGAGUGUUAUGCUCCCUACUCACCAAGUGUUGAAGACAAACGAUCUUUUGGAAUAAUGAAUGGUUCAGCUUGGACGUAUGCAACUGCCAGUGAAUUGGAAGGACGUAGUUUUUGGGGCAGGAUAUCCACGUAUGAAGGAGGUGGUUUCACUCAGUUACUUUCACCGGACAAGAAGGGUGUAACAAAAGGUGUAAUUGCAGACUUAAAGAAAAACUUGUGGUUGGAUCGGGGUACACGAGCUGUUUUUAUUGACUUCUCUGUUUACAAUGCAAACAUCAAUCUGUUCUGCAUUAUCACAUUGGUUUUGGAAUACCCUGCAACUGGAGGUUGCAUACCUUAUUCUAAAUUUCGUACCCUCAAGCUUCUUCGAUAUGUUACCACAAUGGAUUAUGUAGUAAUGGCUUGUGAAGGGUUAUUUAUCCUUUUCUUGCUGUACUACUCCAUUGAAGAAAUCAUUGAAAUUAAAAAACACAAAAUCGAAUACUUCAAAGACUUUUGGAAUAUCUUUGAUAUUGUUGUUAUCCUGAUGGGAAUUAUCUGUAUUGUGUUCAAUUUGUAUCGAACACUGGAAGUCGAUAAUCUUUUAAAAGGUUUGCUAUCCAAUGACAACCAAUAUGCUAACUUUGAGGUUCUUGGCUACUGGCAAGAACAGUUUAACGAUUUCGUUGCAGUUGCCGUGUUCUUUGCAUGGAUUAAGGUUUUCAAAUACAUCAGUUUUAACAAAACCAUGACUCAAUUACAAUCUACUUUGGCUCGUUGUGCAAAAGAUAUCGCUGGUUUUGCAGUCAUGUUUUUCAUCAUCUUCUUGGCAUAUGCUCAAUGGGGAUACCUAAUUUUUGGUACUCAAGUAAAAGACUUCAGUACUUACUUGGACAGCGUCUUCACCUUGUUCCGUAUCAUCCUUGGAGAUUUUGAUUUCCACGCCAUUGAAGAUGCCAAUCGUAUCCUCGGUCCAAUCUUCUUUAUCACUUAUGUAUUCUUUGUGUUCUUCGUUUUAAUCAACAUGUUUUUGGCUAUCAUCAACGAUACAUAUGCUGAAGUGAAAUCUGAUUUAGCGCAGCAGGAAAGUGAAUUUGAGAUCGGUGAUUACUUCAAGAAAGGAUACGAUAAAAUGAUGAGUAAGCUGUCAUUCAAACGCGAAAAGAUUGUUGACAUUCAGAAAGCUCUACAAACCGCUGAUACCAAUCAAGAUAACAAACUCGACUUUGAAGAAUGGAGAGCUGAGCUAAAAGCACGUGGUCAUGCGGAUGCGGAGAUUGAAGCAGUGUUUGCCAAAUACGAUCUUGAUGGUGAUCGCAUAUUGAACGAAGUCGAACAAAAGAAAAUGCAAAAUGACUUGGAAGGACAAGAGGCGGAGUUGAACGAAGAAAUCGAGGAAGUUGAACGUGCAAAAUCAGACGCGGAUAAAAUGAAAAGUAAGAUGAAUGUGAGAGAUGAUGAUGAUGAUGACAGUGAUGAUGGAAGUGAGGGCGGUGGCCAUCAUGGAAUACCAUCUGAAGAAUUUACAGUGCUAAGUCGAAGAGUCGACCGUGUUGAACAUAGCAUUGGUAGCAUUGUUUCGAAAAUCGAUGCAGUUUUGCUGAAGUUAGAAGCAAUGGAUAAAGCAAAAAUUAAACGGCGCGAGACCAUGACAAAACUUUUGGAUAGCAUCUCCGAAGGUGGACAGGGCGGUGAUGAUAACAAACGGGAACAAAUGGAGAAGCUUGUUCGAGAUGAAUUAGAGAGAUGGGAUAGCGAUGCAUCUCUUAAACAACGGUCAGGAAGUGGCCACACAAGAAAAACGAAAGGAAGCUCUGUAUCGAUAAAGAUCGACCCUUAACCAGCGCAUUUGACUUCUGACGCUUUAUCUAAUUAUCGUCAUGUACUGUUUUGUCGUAGGAGGACGCUUCAUUGUCGAAAUAAAAUGACUUCUUGUCGCCACGAUUUGACGUUAAGUAACCGAGAUUCAUUUAAAUGCACUUAUCACCACUGCUUUUUGUUGGGCACGUUUGAGGAGGUAGCGUGUGUUGAUAUCGGAGAGCACAAGUAGCUGGGGAGAAGAGUCACUCACACGCUGUACUUUCUCAGAAAUUGGGCGUUGGAUUUUAUUUUGUAUAUAACUUGUGUUAUGCACGUUGUAAUUUAUUGUAAAUAAAUACGUCGUUUCAGUUCGUUAAAGUUCAGAGGACGAGAUAAUACUUAUUAUUAUUCGCUGCGUGUAUAUAUCUUACAUGUAUUAUCGUAUUUUAGUUAUAUGUACUCAAAAGUUCACUUCUUUAUCCUAAUUCUUUUUUCAUUUACAAUUUCGUUUAUAAGGAAAAUGAGCUAAAACAAGUUUUGAGUGGCAAUAAAAAUGAAAAAUUAUUUUGCAUGAAAUUUCUUAUUGUUUCAAUCUAUUCUUUCCUUAACUUAAAGUAAAUACUUAUAAUUAUAAAAAAACAAAUAAAAAAAGUAGAAAAUUAGAAAAAAAUUCUUUGUUCACACUUGACAAUUUUCGAAAUAUACGAACGCAUUUAUGAAAUAUUAUUUUAACAAGGCAAGAGUUCGUUGUCAACCAUAUUGUUUUAUUCUAUGAAUUGUCGUUACCAUUCGAUACACAACUUCUCGAUACGAUACGAAAUACAAAUUGAUUCGAUACACAACUUCUCGAUAUUAAUACGGCAAACAACAGACAACGAUUUCUUUUCUUGCGCAUUUUCUUUAAUUUAAAUGGAGCAAAUUAAUUUAAAAAGUUGGAUUGGAUUUUAUCGAAUUGUAAAAAAUAUUAUUGCUUUUAAAUAAAUAAUGUGUCUUGUG